UUUUUUUUUUUUUUUUUUUUGCUAGCAGCUAGUACAUCAGAUUGAACACUGAAGCCGUGAACCUCCACCCCUCACACAACAGAGAAACAUGUCAGCCACCGCCGUCCUGCUCCUGCUGCUGCCCCUGGUGUCGGCCCAGACCUACCACUGGGGCUCCUGUCCCACCCCCAAGGUCCAACCUGGGUUCGACCUGGAGAAGUAUCUUGGUCGGUGGUAUGAGAUAUGGAAGCUCCCUGCGUCGUUUGAGAGAGGAAAGUGCAUUGAGGCCAACUACGCUUUGAGGAAAGAUGGGACCAUCCAAGUGCUCAACUCCCAGUUUUAUAAAGACAAGACGAGGAAAGUAGAAGGCACUGCUAUAGUUCCAGACGCCAGAGACGCAGCCAGACUCGGAGUGAGCUUCUCCUAUUUUACUCCCUACAGCCCAUACUGGGUUCUGUCCACUGACUACACCAGCGUGGCCGUGGUCUACUCCUGCACCGACAUCCUGCGCAUCUUCCACGUGGAAUACGCCUGGAUCCUGGGUCGUUCCCGCUUCCUGCCUCGGGAAACCGUGGUUUACGCCCAAGACCUGCUGGUGGAAGAAGGCAUCGAUCUGACCAGGAUGACGGCCACGGAUCAGACGGGCUGCAAGGACGAUUAGGACACACACCACAGACAGGGCUGCACACGCUGAUAUAAACCCCCUGAUGGAAUCAUGAUUAAUACUAAUGUGAUGACGCAGCUCUUUGUCGGACACUGAGCUGGUUCCUUUAGUUUAUGUGCAUGUGCAGCCGUUAAUAACACCUCACCUGGUGGCCAGUGUGUAUUAGAAUCCACCAUAUCCCACUCAUCUGCAGCUCACUCUUUGGUUUGUUUUGGGAUAAAUUGUAAAACGUAAUAAUUGACCUCAUAUGAUUCAUUCAUUCAUUUUCUGAACCUGCUUUAUCCUCACUAGGCUCAUGGGGGUCGCUUGGAGCCUAUCCCAGCUACUUACAGUACAUCAUAUGAUGUACACUUCAAUUUGAUCUUUUGAUCCAAAGUCAUCUGUGUGCAUGUCAAACUCCAUAAUAAAGCAGUAAUAUUUAAACUAUU